GCGACGAUACGGAACAGUCAGCCAGCAACGCAACACAGAGCUCUACAUCCUUUAGUCACUCGCUCGUAUUCGUAUUUGUAUUCGUAAAUCGCAUUCAGUUUCACAGUCGCAGUCGCGUGUGAGUGUUGUUCAGUUGUGCUGUGCAUUUCAUAUGCUGCCUGCUUAUCAGCAUACGCGUUGAAAUGCCGUCGCUGCAUUUCACGUAGUUCGCAAGAGAACAAUAACAAACUGCACAUAUCACAGGAUAAAAUAAACUAAACAAGUGAAACAUGUUUUGGAUUUUACGUCGCACUGGCGCUGCCAAUUUCUUUAAUUCGUUGAACAACAAUUGCAACUUCAGCAAGGGCAACAGCAAUGGAGGCGCCGGCGGCAACGGGAACCACAGCAACAACACACAGGACAAAUACGUAAAGAGGCCGCCGCGCAAGGCGUAUGGCAGGCUCAGUGCCGAGGCUGAUGAUGCCGUGUCGCUGGGCCAUAAAAUCGAUGAUCCAUUCGAUGAGCUAGACGAUUUUGAAAUGCUGGCACCAGGUGCCAGCAACAGCAAUGGCAAUGCCAACCACAACCACAACGGCAACGGCAACAGCAAUGCGAGCAACAACCCUAACAGCAACAGCAACACCAAUACCAAUAUAAACAGCAAUGGCAACGGCAACGGCAAUGACGAGGCGAAUGGCAAUGAGAAGAGCCUAGAGCUUUUUCCAUGUACGAACGCUGAUUGCCAGGGCAACUUUGUGGUGGAGAAUGCGCUGUGUGAGCUGGGGCUGUGCCAAGUUAAAGCCAAAUCAUCAAAGGAACUGUCAGCGGGUGCCAUGUCCACAUCCAAGCAGAUUAACGAGAGCACAAUAAGUCGCCUACACGCACUGGCCAUGGCCGACGAUGACGAUGACUACGAUGAAUCGCUCACCUGCAAUGUUUGUGAUCGGUCGUUUCAUUGCCAUCGGCAGUUGGCUUCACAUCAGCAAAAGAAGCGACAUUUUGGCUGCAGCGGUUGUGAUAGCCUGUUUCCAUCGCUGAUGCUGCUCGAACAUCACAAGGAAGAGUUUGAGCACUGGAGCGACGAGGAGAUUGGACGACGUGUCUGCUGCCGUCGUAAUCGAUGCGACGACGAUUACUUCACGGACACGGACUCCUACAUCAGCGAUGCGGAGAGCGAGGACCUGGAGAGAUUGUUGUAAACAUGCAGCAGCUGCACCUGAAGAGCAGCACAGCUG